GGAUGAAAGAAUAAAGCGCAAUUAAUUCCUUGAGCAUUGAUUUUUAUAAAUAUAUAAGAUAAAAAAAAAAUCAAUUUAAGUAGUUUUAAUUUUAUUUCGAAUUAUCAUAGCGAACCGUGUAACAAACUGAGAAAGCGUGUAGAAAGUGAGUAGAUUUUAAAUACUAUUUAGGAUUUUCGAAUGGAGAGUGUUAGGAACGGGAACGCGGUUUGGAAAGAGCGAGAAAGCAAAUGAAGAGAAAAAAAAAGUUCAACGGUCAGAAAAAACCGAUCGUCAGUCUUGUAACGGAUUUUCAGCACGAUAGUCGUAAAGUGUCGAGUUUUAAAAAAAAAUAAAAUCUUAAACGCGAGUUACCGGUGAUGGAUACUUCGGACGAAUCCGACAAUGGCGCGGUCGUGACUCCACGGAUUCGAAAAAAGUCAACUACCUCUAUCGAGCGUCAACUACGAAAAAAACUUAAGAAAAGCGAAGAUGAGAUUCGCGCACUCAAGUGCCAAUUGGAAACAAAAAAUUUAUUGCUAUCCUCGUCGGAUCAACCAGAAGGCUCGACUGAUGAACCGAAUUCUUGUAAUUCUAAUUCAGUUAGAGAAAAUGUGCAAGAUAAUUUCCGAGCCGUUCGCUCAAGCACCAUGAGAGAAAGCCGUAAUGGUAAUGAGUCUUUGAUGGUUUCGACAGUAGGCAACAUAUCACUUGGCACUAUGACGAUCCCAGAAUGCAAACCCCCGAAUGAGGACACUGAAAUAAAUAAGCAAUCCUAUGAAGACUGGAAGGGAAUGUUGGAAGCUUCCCUUAGUUUGAUGGGCGAGCCUGACGAGCGUACUAAAAUGUGCAUUUUCAGAAUAAGGGCGGGUCCAAAAUUGUUGGAAAUAUUCAAUACAACGGUUUCAUGUCAAGGAAUGGCGGAUGAAAACUCUCAUCCUUUUACGAAUGCUAUAGCUAGAUUGGACAAUUAUUUUGGAUCUAAGACCUAUAUGCUUAUUCAAAGAAGUAAAUUGCUUAACAUGGUACAAAAGGAGCAAGAAGAUAAUUUACAGUAUGUACGACGAGUAAUUGCUGCUGUGAAAUUGUGUGGGUAUAACGACUCAGAAGAAUUGGAAGCGAUAGUUCGAACAAUAACUAAGGGUACAGUAGACAGCCGCGUGCGUGUCCUUGUUCAGCGUAGUUGGAUCAAUCAAAGGUCGUUGAAUGAGUUGAUAGAAUCAAUCAGGCAAAACCAUAUCGAAAAGUUGAAUGAAGAAGAAUUUCGGAAAACCUUAGGACAGAAUCAAAAUGCGUCAAUAGCUGCUGUGUCUAGUGGCAGGACACGACCGAAAUUUUAUCAGAAUGAACAGUCUCAAUACCGCUUUUCUUCUAGACCAUACAUUCAUAAUACAUUCCCACCAAAUCGCUUCGCAGCAAAUCAGCAGUACAUGCAAUCAUGGAACCGCCAACCUUGGAAUCCUCGUUUUCAAAACCCUUGGCACCAGCAAUAUCGAUAUCCGCAAUCUUGGAACCAGCAGUCUCAAAAUCCUAGAAAUCAAAGGACUUGGAAGCCACAAAUUCGUAGUCAGAUUGAUAACGGCUCAACUAGUUAUGGUAACUUUCGGGGUCCCGUUAAGUGUUGGAGGUGUGAUAGCCAUUAUCAUGGACCGGAUCUGUGCAAAUUAUUACUAAAUGGAGUUGUGUGUAAGGGAUGUUCCGAAAAGGGACACAUUUUGCGUACGUGUCCAUCUCAAAAGGGUGUCAAUCCGCCCAGUCGUCAGAUCGCAGCUGUACAAGAAUUGGAUGAUGAGACUGAAGAUGCUGAUAACAAGGUACUUACGAGUAAUACGGAAUAAUAACCAUGUAGAGCAAUUUUCAGGUGAAGAAUAGUUUCAGUUGUUGAAGUUACAUUUUUUAUUUUAUCUUUGUCCGCUUCUUCGUUAUAUUAAUAGAAAAAAAAGGAUUUGAAAAAUAAAACUCAUGAAUUUCACCAAUAAUAAGAAUCACUUUUCACAAAGCACUAUAAUGGUCAGGUUGUAGUAUUUGCAAAACAAAAAAAAACAAUAUAGAAUAACUUCUUACGAAAAAAAAAGCCCUUUCAAAACGUUACACUUAACUUCUUUCCGAUUUCGGUCGAUGACGAUUGAUGAUGAAGAUAUUCAUCGACAAAUGAUUUCAUCGA